AUGGAGUCAGUUGCCAACCAAGCUUUGAAGGAAAAGCAAAAGAAGGAAGCUCUUCGAAAACAAAUCGCCUUGCUCCAAUCCCAGCUAUCUGACGAAGAAGAACUAGCCCCGGUUUCCCCAAAGCAGAAGUCAACUACACAAGGUGUCUUGGUACCUCGUACACCUUCUCCAAGGAAAAAGCGGAAAGUCGAAGAACUACCUGCUCCACCGCCACGGAAUGUCUUGUCGGCUGCGGUGUCGAUCAUAAACCACACCAGGACACCGGCAGAGCAGGGUGACUGUAUCAUUCCAGCGAAACCAUUACCCUCAAAACUGGUACAAAGGCUUUCAAAAUUACAUUCGGACGAAGAUGAUGCAUCGUCCAAAUCUGUUCGGCGGACAUCAUCGUUCGCAGACAAACCACCUGAACCUGGCUCGUCUAAACGUGAUGAAAACCUUGCAAUCAUCGAGUCGCUUGAACUUGGACCAACAGAGCAUAAGCCUCCAUUUGAUGAUCCCCAUUUUGAGCGUGUCGAGCCAAAUUCUGGUAUUCGACUGAAAUCUCGUAUUCUACCUCACGAAGAUUUACAAGAUCAUCUACGUGGUCGAUACUACCUGUCUCCUUCACGACUCUAUUCAUCUAUUAGCCUUACUCCCGACAAGUCCGGUUACGAUGUACCUGUGGAUGGUGACUGGAUAACUAUCGCAGUGGUAGCUGAGCGCGGACCUAUCAAGUAUACGAAUCCGCCGGUAGGGAUCGCGAAAGAAGAAGAGGCGGACGAGGAUGGCGCGCCGAGUGCUGGUCAAGGCAAAGGCAAGGACAAUAUCGUUAGGAAAAACAAAUCUAAACCCUCAGACGCUCCGAAUCCCAGACGCCGUUACGUUAACGUCAAACUAAUCGACUUCGGCUCUCGGAAGUCUUCAUCAAGCGAAAGUAAAGGUCAUAUCCUUGGGGACGCCUUCCUGACGCUAUUGCUUUUCGAAGCCGAGGCAGUUGAUCUAAUUACAGAGGAAUAUGGCAAGAAAUUAGCGCAUCCGAGGAAAGUGUAUAGAGGUGGGAGCGGAGGCGCUUUUGAGGCGAUGGCAAAGUUAAAGGAGGGGGAUGUUAUUGCGUUGCUGAAUCCCAGGAUUAUGAAACCUUUCACGAGUUCGUCUACAUCAAACCCUCAUCCCGUCCACAAUAUCCUCGCCGUUACUCCGAUAAACGCUAGUUCAAUAACUCAUAUCGGACGUAGUCUUGAUCUCGGCAUGUGUAUGGUACAAAAACGAGAUGGCUCGGUAUGCGGCUCCUGGUGUGACAAGCGGAUCUCCAACGUCUGUGAAUGGCAUGUCACGAAUGCAGUUCAGCGACGGAGGGCUGCACGUUCGGAAUUUGCCGUAGGUACAUCCGGUAUGACCAACUCAGCCGUUGUGAAAUCAAGAUUCAACUCCAGUUCGUCUGACUACGACCCCGUUCGGAAAACGGGAUUACUGCCCCGAGGUGGAGCAGCAACUCAAAGCAAACACAAGUUUGGUGGUUCGACGUCCUACGCGCCCGAAGCAACAUAUGUUCUCUCCGGACACGUUAUUAACAACUCCAACACCGUCGACACGGCACAUGUUUCUGAACAGAUGGGCAGAGAAGGUCAAGCCAGGGCGCAGCGCGCCGAAAUGAGAAAACAAGAAGAUGAGUUAUUGAAGAAGCUGUUGAAGAAAGAAAGGGCGCAAGGACUGGAUGGGGGAGCAAGUCAUAUGAGAAGUGUAUUAAAGGCGAGAGAGGUAAUUUCGAGAGCAAAGAAGGAGAAAGACUCGAAAACCAAAAGGAAAACCAUUGAGAAGGGGAAAGAGUUGAACGAAAAGAGGAAGAGACAUUGUCAUGAUGACAGUGAUGACAGUGAAGAUCAGACGGAAGAGGAUCAGACGACAAGAAAACUCAAUGCAUCUCGCUACCGUCCAGAGAUGAUCAAGACACUUGGGUUUGAUCCUGUCGCGAUGAAGCUUGGACCGCAUCGUCAAAGUAAUGUGGAUGUCCAAAGAAAGCUGGCUGAUCUCGCAACCCUGCAAAACUCACGAAAGGAAGUCAAUCUCGGUCCACGACCAGGUCCGAAGAUUCGGUCGGGGGUAUUUAAGCCUGCGAUUGAGCCGGCAAGAUUCAAAGCUGCGUUACACACAAGUAUGAGGAGCACAGAUGUAGAAAUGGCCGAACAAAGCAAUGACGCGGGCGCCGGUGGGGAAGGGAUGGUUGAUCUGGACUCUUCUGACGAAGAGUAG